AUGGAUGGGGAUAUUCCCUCCACCAGCGCCGAUGCCGACAAGGAGAUGACCCGGCUUUGGCGCACCUGGCGGACGGUCUAUGAAAUGCUUGCGGACCGAGGCUACGAAGUUUCGGACGACGAGCUGCAAGUCUCGCUCGAUGAGUUCAAGCGGAAAUAUGCAGACCCUAUGGGAUACCCCGACCGCACGAAGAUGAAAAUCCAAGCCCGUCCCACCGAGGAGAUGAAGAUUAAAUAUACCGCGCUGCCGAGCAAGUCGAACCCGAAUCCCCAACCCGACUGCGGCACCGUUUACGUCGACUUCUGCCCCGACGGCUCGCAGCUCGGCACCAAGCAAGUGCGUGCAUUCAACCACGUUGUUGACGAGAACAACUUCCACACCGGUAUCUUCAUCACCCAGAUCCCGCUCUCGCCCACUGCUGUCCGCCUGCUCGCCAGCAACCCCGGUCACAUCGGCGAGAAUUUCCAGGAGCAGGACCUGCUCGUCAAUAUCACGCGGCAUGAGCUGGUUCCCAAGCACGUCCUGCUCAGCCCGGAGGAAAAGGCCCGCCUGCUGGAGCGAUACCGUCUUAAGGAGUCGCAGCUGCCGCGUAUGCAGGUCUCGGACCCCGUCGCUCGGUACUUGGGUCUGCGCCGCGGCCAGGUGGUGAAGAUCAUCCGCAAAAGUGAGACGGCUGGUCGGUACGCCAGCUACCGGUGGGUGAUCUAA